AUGGUUAAGUGUGAUUUCCAACAACAGUUGGGGCUACCAAAGUUUCAAAGGUUGUAUGUUUGUUUAGGAGCUGCUAAGGAAGGCUUCAAAGCUGGGUGCAGGUCUAUUAUAGGUUUAGAUUGGUGCUUUUUGAAAAGUGUUUAUGUAGGGCAACUAUUAACUGAUGUGGGUAUAGACGCCAACAAUGAAACCUGGGUAAUUGCUUAUGUAGUUGUGGAAUCAGAGUGCAAGGAAUCUUGGAUUUGGUUUCUGGAGCUAUUGGUUAAGGAUUGUCAGAUUGUUAAUCAAUUUGGCUUCACCUUUAUAUCCGACAAACAAAAAGAUUUACUGCCUACUUUUGAGCAAGUGGUCCCUAAUUGUGACCACAGGUUCUAUGCAAGACACCUGUUUUCCAACUAUAGCGUGUUUUUCAAAGCAAAAAGCCUCAGAGACAAGUUUUGGGAAGCAUCAUAUGCAACCACUGUCCCCCACUUUACAAGGGCCAUGGAAGACCUGAAAAAACUGUCAAAGGAUGCAUAUGAAUGGCUAACCACUCCAGAUAAUCCUCCAAGGCAUUGGUCCAAGUCACACUUCAACACUCAUUUGAAGUGUGACAUGUUGUUGAAUAAUCUUUGCAACUCUUUCAAUGCUACCGUAUUGGAAUGUAGGGAUAGACCAAUUCUGUCAAUGUUUGAGUAUAUUAGAUGUAAGCUGAUGAGGAGAAUACAAGGAAGAAGGGACAAAAUACCGACAUGGAACAGGCCUAUUUGCCCAAGGAUAUUUAAGAAAGUGGAGGGAAAUAAAGCCAAGAUAGGUGCUUGUGUGGCAAUGUGGUCAAGUGGAGGUAAAUUUCAAGUGUUAGCUGGUGGCCAUGCACAAUAUAUUGUGGACUUGGAAUUGAGAACUUGUUCUUGUAGAGCUUGA